AGUGCGCAUGCGCGUUCUGCAGACAACCGCUUCUGCUGCUACUGCUGCUUCUGCUGCUUCCACUUGUCUUCAUCCACGCUAAUUCUGGAACAUUUCGGGCGGUGGAUCGGUUUUAAUAAUCGUGCAGAUGCAACAACCUGCUGUGUUUACAGGAGAACAUGUUCACCGACGUGCUCCUGAUCGCACUUUCCACCCUCCAUCUGUGUGCAGGUUGGGAGUUACUUGGUGAAAGGGAAAAAGUCCAAACGGUUUGUGUUGGGAAGGAAUUUCGGCUUCCGGUGGACUCAACGUCCAGGAUUGUGACAUUUACACCGGAUGGGGAUGGGGUGAGACGCAUCCUGCUGGAGAAAACCACAGUGAAGGACCCGCGGUUUGAGUGGACCAGAGACAAGACCUUAGUCCUGAAAGAGGCGACUCACAGCGAUCAGGGGGUGUAUGCCAACAAACUGUCUCACCUCUUCACAUACGAGACGGUUCAUCUGAUUGUUUCAGAAUGCAUCAGGCCCUACCGUAAAAGCUACGGGGAGACCUUUGAGCAUGGGAUUCCUGAAAAUGCUUCCCUGCUGGAGUUUUAUCCCCGUGGGGCUCCACCUGAGGCCAUGCCGAUCGUCUUGUGGAACCGGACGAACCCUGAAACAAGCGACGCUGGUCGGGGGCGGCUGCUGCGAGGAGGGAGGGUCUGGUUGGCGGAGAAAGUCACGCAGGCGGAUCAAGGCAACUACACCAUAAAAGACGACGACGGGAACGUACUGUCUCGUAGCACCCUCUCAGUUCGUGGGCACUCCUUCAAUAUUUCUCGCUUCACCAAGGAGUCUCUAACCCUUCCCUUAUUUCUCCCUCUCCAUCACGCCCAUCUCAUUUUUACCCCAAGUCGAAUUCCAGAUGAGUCGUCCCUGGGCCCUUUCGACCCAAAGCCCCCCCGCGGCCCCGUGCAGCUGCUUCGCGAGGGCCACAUAACGGACCACGACCUGCGCUACAGAGGAAUCGUCUCUCUGAGCAGGAACGGAUCCAUCCAUGAGGUCGUCAUCAUCAGACUCACAUCAAGACAUGACGGGCUGUACGAAGUCAGAGACGGGGAUGGAAACCUCGUGUCUUCCACGUAUUUACACAUGAUCGAAAAAAGGGGAGGGACGUGGCGAGCGCUCUUCAAGUCCAUUUCUGUCCCAUCUGGAAUGUUUGUGUCGCUGGCCGGUUUCAUCCUGUUUAUGAAGCGCUACCCAAACUGCAGCCUGUCACAGAUCAUCACGGGCAUCAGGACAAACCGCGCGGCGCCAUCCAACCCUCCCAGGGUCAACAUCCAGAACUACAGUCAGACCCUUCAACAGCCUCCAGCCUACUAUAGCCAUCCCGAGCAUCCUGUUACACCAAGAAAAUGGACCCCAAGAGCCAGUCCUGCUCACUCUGGCUACACUCCUGUUCUGAUGGAGACGGUGGGAGAUGAAAACCAGGAACUGCAAAGACUGACAGCUGGUAGCUCCCCUCGUCAUAAUGUGACCACUGAGCAGGAAAAACCUACAGAGGAAGAGGAAAAUAUUUCCUUUUCUGUUCCUGGAGCGUCAGACUGCCUCCAUUCCUGCGAGGACUGUGUCCAGUUCCAGAUCAAGAAAGACGGAGAUGAGGAAAGGUGGAGCAAAUCCAACAACUUCUUUUCCGCGCUGCCUCUAGAUACGGACACUUCUGAAUCUUGCAGUGUUUACACAUCAAAUAAACUGGACUUUCUAUAAAAACGGAGGCUAGGAUGAGAUGAGAAGUGAAGCUUGAGGCAUGGAAAUAUUACAGUAGAUGAUUCUAAGCUGACAUGAACAAUCUCAUGUGCACCAGUUUGCACAGUUUUAAUUCUUGGGUUUGUACUGAGUUUUGAACCACGGGUUGAGCGUUACCCUUCAUGUCACACAUUGCACUAUGGUGCUCAUGAAAUCUCCUGCUGUUACCUACCUCCAGACCCUCAGGACCAACAUGAUCUGCACUGUCUUUGCCGGGUGUCUCAAGUGUUCAUUGGCCUUCUAUGAUCCCUAGGUCUGCAUAAACGUCAACAUAGUUACUCUAAGGUUUGCAAGAGAAAAUUAUUAAAAUGCCACAUUAUUAUAGCAUAAACUAAAGUGCAUAAUCAUCCUGUUCAUUCCUGACUGCUGCAAAAAAUAUUAUAAAUAUCUGUCUUGCAGUUAAAGUUAUUUUGCAGGUGUAGUGUUAUUACCCUCUAGACAAUUGUAGAAAUGUAACCUAUUAUAGCGCAACAGCCUGUAAAUCUGGGAACAUAUUAUAGCAUCACUAAUGUAAUUCAUUAUUGACUAUCAGAAGGUUGUCUCUAAAACAAUAAAAUGUAUAUUUAACACAAACGCCUCAUAUUAUC